UCGGCCGGCCUCUUCCUCCGCCACCACCGGCACCACCAGCAGCUGAUCCCUCCCGCGGAGGCCUCCUCCUCCUCCUCGCCAGCAAGCCCCAGGUGUCAGAAAAUCAAGAGACAGGAUGAAGUUCUUGGGGACGGUCUUGACCAUCUUGCUGUUGGCAGAUGAGACUCUCGCUGCCCGGGCGUCGCGCAUGCGGAGGGAGCUGGCUCCAGGAUUGCACGAACGAGGCAUACGGGACGCCGGGGGCUCUUACUGUGAGCGGCACAACGCCUGCUGCCCGGGGAGAAACGACGCCUGCACGGUGCCCUACCUCGAUACCAUUUGCUACUGCGACCUGUUCUGCAACCGCACCAUCUCCGACUGCUGCCCCGAUUUCUGGGAGUACUGCUUGGGUAUCGACCCCCCGUUCCCUGUGCAGAAAGCCUGCAUCCACAAUGGACAAAAGUUCACAGCAGGUGUGACCUACAGAGAUAACUGCAACCUCUGCACUUGUGGUGCACAUGGACAAUGGGACUGCGAAAAGCACGCCUGCCUCAUCAAUGGGGAUAUGAUUGAUGCCGUCAACAGAGGAAAUUACGGCUGGAGAGCUUCCAACUACAGCCAGAUGUGGGGCAUGACGCUGGAGGAGGGGAUCCAGUACCGACUGGGAACCAUCAAGCCCCCCACUGCUGUCAUGAAUAUGAAUGAGAUCCAGAUGAACAUGGAUGCUAAUGAGGUGCUGCCUCCUUACUUCAAUGCUGCCGAGAAAUGGUCGGGAAUGAUCCAGGAGCCAAUGGACCAGGGCAAUUGUGCCGGAUCCUGGGCCUUCUCAACUGCAGCGGUGGCCUCAGACCGGAUCUCCAUCCAUUCCAUGGGCCACAUGACGCCUGCCUUAUCCCCCCAAAACCUCCUUUCUUGCAACACCCGCCACCAGCAAGGCUGCAGUGGGGGCCGGAUUGAUGGGGCUUGGUGGUUCCUGCGUAGGAGAGGGGUAGUGACAGACGACUGCUACCCCUUUACCAACCAGGAGAAAGACAACUCCCCCCCUGCACCCCCUUGCAUGAUGAGCAGCCGAUCCACGGGCAGGGGGAAGAGGCAAGCCACGGCACGCUGCCCCAACCCCUACACUCACUCCAACGAGAUCUACCAGUCCACCCCUGCGUAUCGCCUCUCCUCAAAUGAGAAGGAGAUCAUGAAGGAGUUAAUGGAGAAUGGACCAGUGCAAGCCAUCCUGGAGGUGUACGAAGACUUCUUUGUGUAUAAAAGCGGCAUCUAUCGGCAUACACCUGUAGCAGCUGGAAAGCCGGAAGAGUACCGACAGCACGGCACUCAUUCCGUCAAAAUCACAGGGUGGGGAGAAGAGCGGACGCGUGACGGCUCAGAUGAGAAAUACUGGAUCGCUGCCAACUCUUGGGGCAAGGACUGGGGUGAGCACGGCUACUUCCGCAUUGCCCGUGGUGCCAACGAGUGUGAGAUUGAGACUUUUGUGGUGGGUGUGUGGGGCCGGGUCGGAAUGGAAGACAUGCACCACAAGAAAUGAAGACAUUGAGGGGCCCCACCUUGCUUUGGGUCACCAGAGAGAACUUCAUUCUGUUGCCCCUGUCUUUUUCAUAUUCAAAAAAGAGUGUGGGAUCUGCAUCAGCCCACAGGAUUCACACUGCUGACUCUGACCGCUACGUCCGUCUCCAAAGGGAAUGGCGCUCGGCCACAUGAUGGGAUCUACGCACGACCAGCUGAAGUCGAGAACUGUGGGACUGUAAAGAGCUUUGGGUGGUUCUUCCUUGACUCACUGCAAGGCCCUUGAGAACUCAUCAAAUGGCUACCAAGCAGGAGGGGAAGGGACUAAGGGAAGCUUAUCCAGCCUUGCAGCACAUACUCAAAACCAGACCAUGCCACAGAGACAACAGGAGACAGCAAGGAACACCAGGCUAGGAUUACCUGAAGACUGGCGAGUACUGCCAGGUGACAUGAGGAAAGGAGGUGCAAGGGGUGGAGGUGCGGAGGGGGAACCAGCCUCUCCCUUUCUGUGGGUCUCCAUUAAUCUCUCAUGUACCUUGCCAAUUCUUCAUAGAAUCAUAGAAUAGCAGAGUUGGAAGGGGCCUACAAGGCCAUCGAGUCCAACCCCCUGCUCAAUGCAGGAAUCCACCCUAGAGCAUCCCUGACAGAUGCUUGUCCAGCUGCCUCUUGAAGGCCUCUAGUGUGGGAGAGCCCACAACCUUCCUCGGUAACUGGUUCCAUUGUCGUACUGCUCUAACAGUCAGGAAGUUUUUCCUGAUGUCCAGCCGGAAUCUGGCUUCCUUUAACUUGAGCCCGUUAUUCCGUGUCCUGCACUCUGGGAGGAUUGAGAAGAGUUCCUGGCCCUCCUCUGUGUGACAACCUUUUAAGUAUUUGAAGAGUGCUAUCAUGUCUUCCCUCAAUCUUCUCUGGAAGUGUUGGUGCCUCUGGUCUGAUCUUCCUCAGAGGUUUGUAUAAGGAGCCAGCCCCUUCAGAGCAGAGGUGCAGAACCUAUCUGGCCUUCCUGUGGUCCCAGUCUGGUAUUCUGGGAUUUCCUAGAUGGGGCCCCCUCCCCCGGCUCUCUCCCCUUUCCCCAACCACAGAUUCUUUGCAGGUUUCUGGUCUUUGCGCAGUUUUUUCUCCAUUCUGAAAAAGUUGAAACGUCUCACCCAAGGUUCAGUUACUGGCAGGAGGAGCUUUAAGCUAAAACAUGGUGGUAUAUUUGGUCCCACUGACCACUGAAAUGCAGCCCCCAAAAGGUUGUCUGAAAUGGAAUUUGUCCCUUGGGUUGAAAGAGGUUCUGGAUGCCUGCUUUAGAGGCAGCCAUUGUAAAACCAAGAGUUGGCGGCUUCUCCUGCCAAACUGACUUGGUCCUCAGGUCGCAUGGAAUUGGCCACUAGCUGCUUUUCCUUACACAUGCAUGCAACGCCAGUCCCUAUGGAGACCACACAGAAACAACCAGGCCUCACGGCCUAACUAACAUAUGUUCUCUCACAAACACUCCCGAAGUUUCUUCUUCCCUGCCCACUCUAUCUCGGUGGCUUUACCUUGGCUAACUCCAUUAGAAGGAGGGGACAGACAUUUUAUCACAUGCUCAUCUCUGACCACUCUCGUAUUUUCAUGUGUCCUUUAGACAAUGACAUCUGCCUCCUGCGUGCCUCCUUCUUGCCUUUUUUCUGUCACAAAACGGACCCCUUUUAAGCCAACUUUUUUUGGGGAAAUGGAAUGUGCCGCCAUUUCCUGCUGUGUGCAGGAAAAGCAGUGCGAUAAAAUGGGCCCUGAAUGGGCCAUGUGGUCUUUGUUUACUUCCUCUUUCUUCUUCAGGAAGAAAAAGGAAGUAUUGUGGGACAGGAGCAGGGGUGGAGAAGCGAUGGUAGGGAACCACAAUUUCCCCCCAUCUGAUGACGCUCGAGGAAUCCUGAAUCUCAAGGCCCAGAUAUACAGAGGAGCCAGGCCCAAAUCUCAGCAAAUGUAGGUGAGAAAAUGACCGCUGUGAUUUUGGCUAGGCAUUUCUAGAACUUCCCAUCAUCCCUGAUGGGCCACUCCAGAAAUGGAAAUGUCUAGUUAUGGAGCAAAGAAACUGCCUAAGUGACUGGGGAUUUCUAGAUAAGUUUGUACAGGCAUGUACAGAAUUUUGGGAUGUAUCUGUAACAAAAACACUCCUGAUUGGAGCAAACUACUGCUAGCAAACUGCGGCUACUGCAUUUUUUAAAAGUUGUUUAACUGAUGUUUGCUCACGGUCACUAAGACUGGAGGCUGAAGAUAGACAACGUUUCUUUGAGAGAAUCGAGGCACUGUUGUCCAUGGUGUGCAAACUCACUGUGUGUGUUGUGCAGUCAUCUCUGAUCAAAUGAGCUUUGAAACACAACACAGGACGAAACCCUUCAAUGGAGGAAGGUGAAGUGAGAAGUGAUAAGGAAACAGCUGCCCUUGGGCCAAGCGCUCCAGGACUUUGGCCGUGUUCUCCUGACAUCGUGUAACUGAACGUUUCCCAGCCUCUGCGAUGGGCAGCCGAUGAAAUGGAGCAGGAGAAGACAGGACCACGAAGUCAGGAGGACGCAGAAGCAGCUAGGCUGCAUGUUAAUGGAAGCGGGGCUCCUGUGUUACUUAUGAGGUAUUACUCCACCCAGAAACUACAGUGUGGUGGUCUUGCACCCCAGGGACAACAGUUCACCUGCCCCUAGCCUGUCCAAGUUAGGAUAAAGCUUCCAAUCCAGCUGUAGAGCCAAAACAAUGUCGUUUCUCUGCUCUCCCAAACUAGAAAAGAAGGAAAUGCUUGUUUGCUUUCUGUCUUUCCCAGCCUUUUAAACACUCGCGCUGUUUCCUCAUUUCCCUUCACAAGAUCUGUUACAAAUACAGAGUUUUGCUGACACAAAGAGCGCAGGGCGCUCGCCCAUAUAUUAUUUGCAUUGAAAGCAUUCAUCCACCCACACCGACCUCACUCUGCCCCAUUGGUUACCCCCUCCCUUUCUUUUGGGUUUUAACUCCCGUCCCUUAGCCUUCUGUACAGGAUGUGGGGGUCUUUGGGUGCCUAAUCCCCCCCCCCCCCGGCUUAGUGGGUCCAUUGUUGGCAACUCGGUGCUUUUGAAAGGGAGGUUUAGCCAGACGUCGCAGCCAGUUUUGUCAGUUUUUGCAAGCUUCACAAGUGUCAGUGUAAACACUGAGCUCCCCCCAUUCAUGUGAAAGAAGCAGAGAGAGGAAGCGCACAUGAAACGGCGCACAUUCAUGCAUGACUGAGGGGGCAAGGCUCUGGCAUAGCUGCCUGUGCCAGCAGUCUUCCACAGGGAGGCGAAAAGCACUUUGAACAAGAUGUGGAAGCCAGAACUUGCAGGCUUGUCUUUCUCCCUCCCAGCCCCUACCUCACCUGCUGUAUCCAGAUCAAAUGGGGGUGGGGGGCAGUGGGGGGGAUUUUCUCAGCCUGGCAUUUGGCCGUGUUCUCAGUGACGUUAUUAACCUGUGUCGAGGGUGUACCACUCCAGACGGCUGGGUCUGGGGUGGUGGGAGACUCAUGUGAUGGGCUGGUUCUCUAUGCAUGUAUUAAAAGAAAAAUCACUGCACACAGAAAAGUAGCAUGUCAGGGAAAAGGCUAGACUUGAACCUUCUCCCUGACAUCCAGUUAUUUAAGUAAAGGAUAUUUGUUUGGGGCUGGGGUUGGUUUUGAGGAAUAUUUGAGCCUUUGCUUGCACUCCGGCGUGGCUCUGCCCAGACAGAGAGCUUCAUCAGACAAGCAUUUUAUUGCACGGUCAUUACUGGGCCCUCACUGAUUGUCUGCCUCCUGCACACCUCCCACUCUUUCUAGCUUACUUUGCACCACAAAACCACACUCCAGUAAGUCUGACUUAUUUUUAAGGAUGGAAGUUGCUGCUAUCUACUGCUGUGUGCAGGAGAAACAGUGGGAACAAAACAGCCCACAGAAUGGGCCACAGGCACAUUGUUUACUGCCUCUUGUGGAAGAGGAAGUAAUGAGGGACAAACACGGGUGGAGAAGCGAUGGUAAGCAAACACGAUUUCCCCCUGUGUGAUGACGCUCAGAGAUGGGCCACUAAUGUAAGAACUGGAGCUGUGCGUUGGGGAUGCAGAGCACCCUCUGCAGUCCACAGGGAUCCAGAGUUCCAUCCAUCUCAUGCUGAUUUGCCGACCUCUGCAAUGCAGGUGGGAGCAACCUGAAUUAGGAAAUACACCUGUACUAAUGUGCAGUCGUUGCAAAUAGAACUUUCUGGCACUGCUCACUUCCUGGCCGUAGCCCUGCCCGUUCCUCCUUCUAGUAGACCUUUUUUUAAUGAGAAGAAAGAAAAAGACACUGAAUGGCCACCGUUACAUCUAUGCACCCAUUGCGUAGAUGCUAUAGCUCCAGGGAAGAAUACAACUGGUUCAAACAUGUAACCUCACUAUAUUCCUCUACAUUGGAUUGCUGCACAGCUGACUGACCGCUGAAUGGGCAAAGCAACUGGCCAUGUGGAGAAAUGCAGUGGUUUUCAGUGUUAAAUGAACAGAUGAGGGGGUUGUGGAGCUGCACUAAUGGAGACCUACUCCCGCCAGCUGUGUCUCUGGCAUCCAUGUGAAGGAGUCCUAUGCAUGUUCCCCAAACAUGCAAUGGGAACAGGGACAGGGCACUAUGUAGUGCAAUCCCAUGACCCCUCCUGAACAUUUAAUGUUUGAGAAGGUUUGCGUGAAACCUCUCCACCCAAUGCCACCCAGAUUUGGGAUAUUAUAUCUGCAAUGGUCAGGUGCUUGUUGCAGCUAUCAAGUGAUGGAAAUGUGCAUGUGUGAACUAGCCCAGUGUUGCACCUGGGGCUGCGGCUGUACCGCCAAAGGCGGAGAAUCCACAUUGCAGUAGAGUGGAUUGCACCACUUCAGACUGUGGACCGAGGGUGUGGUUUUUUAAUAGUCCCUCACGUUGAAAAAAUAAAUCAGUGCAAGUGAAAAAAUUACCACAGCAGUGAGAAACAUGACGACUUUUAAAAGGUCCUAAGCCUGGAUCUCUCCCUGUUGUGCUAAAGUUGCAGGGAAGUUUACAUGUAGCACAAUGUGACCUCCUUCCACUUAGCAUCUAAUCUCCCAGCCUAUGUCAGGACUCUGCCAUCCCAUUGUGUUGCAUGUGUAGACCACGCUUAAGGCAUGCUGAGAUUCAUGGGACUGUUAUUACGGGUUUGUCCCAUUGAGUUCAAAAGGCACUACAUGACCAGCCUUCUCUGGGAUGGGCCCAUUGGCUCAAAAUUAGUCAGAACCCAGUUGCCUCCCAUAUCAUGGUACUGGCAUUUUAUUAGGGGCCCCCUAUUUCCAUCGCACAGCAUAGCAUUUACUGCAGAUUAUAUGGGUGUGUUUGUUCAAAUCCUGGCCAGCAAGGCAAAAAAGUGAAAUGAAUACAUAUCUGUUGUGUGGGUUUUUUUUUUUUAAAUCAGUUUUAUUAUACUAAUUCAACUGCUGUGGCUUCCUCCAAAGAAACCUGGGAAUUGUUUGGUGAGGGCUUGUGGUUCCUGUCGAGGAAGUGACACACAUAGAAUCAUAGAAUAGCAGAGCCGGAAGGGGCCUACAAGGCCAUCGAGUCCAACCCCCUGCUCAAUGCAGGAAUCCACCGUAAAGCAUCCCUGACAGGUGGUCGUCCAGCUGCCUCUUCAUGUUGAAGCCUGCUUAUUGGUAUGGAUCUCUUCAGCUGGAUCAGGCCCUUGAUGUAUUGUCUACCCUGUGGUUUCUGCAUAGAGAGACGCAGUCGCUACUAAGAGUUGACACUUGCAUGAACAAAUAAACCUUGACAAGGAAAAUAAUUACACCCCACCCCUUUCCCAAAUUCCCCAAACGAUUAUUUACAUUCCAAAGAAGUUGCCUCCAGUCAGGCGUAGACCAAGCUGUAACCAAAGUCAGGAGCAAUAUUACUAUCUUGUCUAUGCAGAAGGUUUGGUAUUUCUAUGAGCCUUUUUAUAUUUAUUUUGCUUUUCGUUAUUUGUAAAUAAAGCGCAUCAAAGACA